AAGUCAGAAAGUGGGAAAAAGUUAGGUUACGAAAACAAGUUAAUGGCGGUUAGUGCAAGAAUGGCAUGCCAAUUCAGUAAAGACGGCAAAUAUUUUGCUCAAAUCACAUCAGAGGGGAAGCUAAAAGUGUGGAACACCCUCUCAAAUACCUUUGAACAAGAAUUUACACCAGAUUUCCACUUAACAUCGCCCUGUACUUGUUUACAUUUCAUAAGUUCAGAAGCCGCAAGCAAGCAGUCGGGGUCCCCUCGCAAGAAAAAGAGGAAAGAAUCACUUGGGGAGUCAAACACUUGUGUUGCUUUAGGGACUAGCAAUGGACGUCUUUUACUUUAUUCCUUAGUAAAGGGGGACUUAGAAUACAUAGUUGAUAGUGCUACGAGUCAGUCGGUUAAUUGUUUAUCUUCAAUUACAAACGAGUUUGUAUAUUCUGGUGCUGACACUCAUGUAAUAGUGUGGAAUUUAAGUAAACGAAACGUUAGCAGUAAGUGGAAUGCUGGUAACGACAAAAUAUACGCGAUUUUACUCACACCACUCGGUGACAAGCUAUUAACUGCCUCGAAAAGUAUCAAACUCUGGGAUGUGAAGUCAAAAGAAGUGUUGAAAACAUUUACUGGGCAUUCUUCACCUGUGACAAUGCUUGAAUACAUCAAUCCGAGAUCUGAUGCAGCAGAUGCGUAUGUUGUUAGUGGGUCAAAAGGGGAUCGAUUGUUAAGUUGUUGGAAUUUAAAUGAUAGUGUGGAUGGGAAAAAUGCAGUUGCUAGUUUUUUAAUGGAGGAUAUUGUAAAUAAUUUGUCAAUUUUUGUUGAUCAUGAUGGCUCAUCUCGCAUGGCUGCAACGGUGAGGAGUGGGGUUGUGCAUAUUUACCACCAUACAUUAAAUGGAAAAAAAUCUAACAAACCCAUAAAACCUAAAACAACGAUCCAGAUUGUGUCCGAUUCCGGGACCAAGGAUGCCGUCAAUCCAAUAUACAUAACAGCAGCAGCAUACAGAAGCGCUGAAACUCUGUGUAUAUGUUAUGGCAGUGCAGUUGUUCAAACUUUUGAGGACAUUACAAUUUCGAGUUAUAAGAAAGUUCAGUGCCUUUUAAGGGAAGACAUUCACAAAAAGACAGUUUCUAAAGAAAAUCAAGUUACGAAAGUUCGUACACCUGUUGUGGGAAAUGAUGUACAUUACUUAACAACUCAAACGAGUAGUGCUCCCAGCAAGAGGAAAAAUGACGGCCAACAGGAGGUCCCUAUGGAAAAAAGAUUGGAGAAUUUGAUGGUGAAUGAAGAAGACAGCAGCUCGAAAGUACCCAAAGCCAACAAUGCGGCACAAUUAUUAAUACAAGGGUUGCACAGUAAAGAUAAAAAUAUUUUACGAACGGUUUUAUUUAAAAAGGACGAACAACUCAUCAAAAACACGAUCAAAAGGAUACCAUUGUCCCUAAUAACACCGCUGUUUGAGGAACUUACUAAACUUAUACAGGGGAAAACGCUGUCGCGUCAGGUGGGCUUAACGUGGCUGAAAAAUUUAAUUUUGAUUCAUUCUGGACUUCUGUUGUCGAAUCCCGAUCUGUCGAGUUUUUUUGGGGAAGCUUUAGGGAGCAUUGAAGCCGGAUUAGCACUACAGAGUCCAAGAAAUAAAUUAAUGGGGCGCUUGGAGUUGUUAAUCGCGCAGAUAAAUCAUACACCACAACAGGAUUCACACGAUAAUGAAGCAUUGCUCGUUUUCAACGAUAAAGCUUCGAGUGAUUCGGAGAAUGAAGGUAUGGAGUUUGAGGCUCAUUCGAGUAGUGAAAACGAGUGGGAAGAGGAAGAUAGUGAAGGUGGGGAUAAUGAAAACGAGAAGGUGGAUGAGAGUGAUUAUGAAAAUGAUGAUGGGUCAGAUGAGCCCAUGUCUUCAUAAUUUUUGUUGUUGAUUUUUUUCAACUAAUAAAAACAUUUUGGCUCCUGA